AUGUCAGUCGUUCUCACAGCCUUUGAGCACAUCCAUCAGGAUAGGGUAUAGACUUUUUUAUUAACGGUUGUCUUGUCCACUGCUGCCCUCUCAUUGCUGUUUCACGUGCUUGACACUUAAUAGGCGUGUCAUAAAUAACUGCUGAUUGGAUGGGUAAGUGCGAGAAUAAAUGGAACAGACAUUGAACCUGGCUUUACGGAGAAAUUAGUUUAUGAGGUUGGCGUCACAGGUAAAGUUACAAUAUAAAGCACUCAGCAGUUUAUCAGAAAAAGGCAAGUAUUUAGGUGAAGGUGGCAGUAGCAGAAGUGAGACAAAGACGAAGUCAGACACGGUGGCUGACCGCUGGAGGGUGGGGCGGCAGGAAGGCUAGAUACAUUCCAGAGAGGCACAGCGUUGUGGUUUUUUUUAAGUGUAUUUCACUUGUAAAUUAGUUUACCUAUUGAAUUAUUUUGGGAAUUUUGGAUGACUGUAGCUUAAAGAUACAGCGGUUUCUGAGUUGCUUUUUUCUUAGGGACUGGUGACAUUCCCCAGCGAACGAAAUGACGGAAAGUCCCAACUUUUCUAAAACGCUGGGAUGGAAAAGUGGUACUUUCUGGUACUGCGCGCUGCUUCACGGAAAGCGCAUUCCUACGUUCGCCUCCCCCGCCCAAACAAACAAGCAGCCGAGAUGGAGGGUCACAUGGCCUGUAUCCGCAACUUAAUUGGCUGAGCUUGGGGGCAUGCGUCUGCGGGCACACGGGUCUCCUGUGCCCUGAUUGGGUGCGCAAAGGAGCAGGUGGCCCGUCUGGUGCUGCAGAGUUCUCGGGAAACGUGGGACCUGGUCCCGGGAUCUGGCCGCAGUUCUGGGGCUCGGGAAGACGGCGGGCCGCGGGGAUCCUGAGCUGAGGGUGGGUAGGAAGAACGAAGCCAGAGACCCAGGAGCCCUGGGCCUUGUACAGAACCGAUGCCGACAGGGAGGUGACAAGAUACAUUCUGACAAGCUGGAGAGAAGCCCAAGUGGACUUACUGAAGCCCUGCAGGGACAGGCUCUUCUGGGAAGAAACUGUAAGGUAAGCGAGCUACUUCGUCCGGUGCUUAGCCAAACACUGGGAUCUGUUCCGACCCUGGAGGAACCCCUGCCUGUGCUGGACUUAAUGGAAGAUGGUAUGAUGAGUAUAUUCUGAGUCCCAGGACAGUGGGAAUUAGCCAGUGGAUUACGGGCAUGUUGUGGAAGUUGCUGGUGAAAUCCCAGCCCUGCGGGCUCUAUUUCUUCAGAAAGAUGCUUUCAGCAACAAAGUACAGACCGUUUUUAGCAUGCUUCACCUAUACAACUGAUAGUCAGUCAAACAGAGAAAAUAUAAGUACAGUGGAAAAGCUCUGUAAAUUUUCAGUGGAUAUCAGGAAAAUUCGCAGAUUAAAAGGAUGGGUACUUUUGGAGAAUGAAACCUUUGUUGAAGAAGUUGCAAAUAUUUUACAACAACUAGGUGCUGAUGAGACCGCAGUAGCCAGUAUUUUGGAACGCUGCCCAGAAGCAGUGGUCUGCAGUCCAACUGCUAUUACCACCCAGAGAGAACUCUGGCAGUUGGUCUGCAAAAAUGAGGAAGAGUUGGUCAAGUUAAUAGAACAGUUUCCAGAAUCUUUCUUUGCAGUUAAAGACCAGGAAAACCAGAAGCUGAACAUUCAGUUCUUUCAAGAGAUGGGACUCAAAAAUGUGGUCAUUAGCAGAUUUUUGACAACAGCAUCUAGUAUUUUUCAUAAUCCUAUUGAGAAGAAUAAGCAAAUGAUAAGGAUUCUUCAAGAGAGUUAUCUAAAUUUAGGUGGCUCCAAAGCCAACAUGGAAGUGUGGCUACUAAAAUUAUUAAGCCAAAACCCAUUUAUUUUGUUAAAUUCUUCCACAACUAUAAAGAAAACACUAGAAUUUCUCCAGGAGCAAGGUUUCACAAAUUUUGAAAUUCUCCAACUCCUGUCCAAACUCAAAGGAUUUCUUUUUCAGCUUUCCCCAAAAAGUGUACAGAAUAGUAUUUCCUUCUCUAAAAAUGCCUUUAAAUGCACAGAUCAUGACCUGAAGCAAAUAGUUUUGAAAUGUCCUGCCCUUUUAUAUUAUUCUGUUCCAGUUUUGGAAGAGAGAAUUCAGGGAUUAUUGAAAGAAGGAAUUUCUAUGGCUCAGAUAAAAGACAUACCAAUGGUUCUUGAAUUAACACCACAAAUAGUACAGUACAGGAUAAGGAAACUGAAAUCCUUAGGCUAUAGAGUUAAGGAUGGACAUCUGGCAAACCUAAAUGGAACGAAAAAAGAGUUUGAAGCUAACUUUGGGAAAAUUCAGGCCAAAAAAGGAAGGCCGUUAUUUAACCCUGUGGCACCAUUAAACGUUGAAGAGUAGCUUGCUGAGUGAUGUUCCUUCUUUCCAGCAGCACAGAGUGAAACUGAGUGACUGAGUAGCAAAGAUUUAAGUGCUUCAGGCAGUUUGUAGGCACCGGUAAUUUUAAGAACCUACUUAGCUUCUGACUGUGUUUAAAUUACCUCUAAGUAGAUAAUCUCUUAGCAGCUCAUUUGCUACAUUUUAAAAUAUAAAUUGCAUUUAUUUUAAUUAAGUUGGUAAUUUGGGCCUUGAGCUAUUUCAGAAACUCCUGUACUAUUAAAUGGCACAUGAGUGUGAUAGAAGCAAGGCAUCUCUAAGAAAUGGACAAGUGCCUUCAUUUAAUUCAGAGUGUGGAUACAUUUUUAGUCAUACAGCCCUUUUCAUCUGGGAUUUGGAUUCCGUAGGUUA